AAAUCUUUUAAACUCACACAAUGUAGUAGACUUAUGUCGAAGUGAUGGAAUUGCGAUAUCGGAUAACGUCUCUUUUUCCAUUUGCAACGAUACCUUCGAUUUAAAGUAUAAUGGUCAAAGAAAAAUAAGCAUUAUGUCCGCGUUUCAGAUAAUGAACGAGACAGAAAGAGUAGAAAAUGAGGGACGACGAAACAUAUCAGAAGAUGGUAAGUAACGUUGAGUGUAAAAAGGGAGGAUAAGAAAUUAUCGUUAAAGGAAAGAAUGGACAUUUUAACAUUUUUUCGUGAGAUUGAAAAGAAUCUCCCCACUGAAAGUAAAUCCUAGAGGUAUUUUGUGAUAAAAAAAAAAGAAAAAUAAGGAAAAAAAACUUUUAAUGUAUCAGUGAGAAUAUCUCAAACAUUUUAAAAGUAUAGUGGGUUUUUAUAUUUUAUCUAACGACAAUGAGACUUAAAACAUCUCUUUCGGAGUCAACACAAAGAAAGAGAAAUUACUAGCUUUGGAAUAUCGAUGAUGAGUUGAUAUUUUUUACGAGGGGAAUAGUUUUCAAUUUAUCUGAAAAUAGUGUUUACAAGUGUCUGCUGCAAGUGGAGCCGACCCCCCUUUUUCUAUAUCUCGUCUUUUGUUUUGAAUGCGAACUUCGAUGAUUAUUUUCUCUAUAUAAGAGGUUUGCUUUAUCGAAGAAAAGUAUCAGUUCUUACCGGACUAUUCUCCCGUCCACAUCUGGACCAUGGAUAUUUCUAUGAUAGACGAAGAAGCUGAUGAAGCGAUUCGAGCAGUUCCCGAAGAAGUACUACAAAAUUUAGACGAUGGCAGUGGAAGAGCAAGGAAGAAGAGAUCCAACAGUCGUGAAUGCUCACCCAUGAGGGGAUAUGGAAGAAAGAAAGUGAGAAAAAUAUCCACUGACGAUGAGAUGGAUGAUCCCACCGAAGUCAUCGAGGAUGCGAUGGACGAUCCUGCUGCUGAUGAGUUAAUCAGAAACUUUUUAGAUGAUCCGAGCAGAAUGGAAUAUAAUACCACUGACCCGGGACCCAGCACAUCUAACGUCACCCAGAGAUUGACAGCAGAACAUCCCCACGAAAGACAGGCGAUAGAUGGAGGAUUCCGGAGCCACACCCUCUUCACCAGUAAGAAUAAUGACUUACUUUUAUUCUUAGAGGAUUUAAAGUGCGAACUUUUCAGUACGUUACGAAAAUACAUCGCAUUGUCGCCAAUCAAAUGGUAUCUUUGUGUAAAAGCACUCUUCUCGAGAACUGGGCAGGGAGGUGAGCGAGAAUUAGCCACCUCAUUCUUCAGGAGUUGUAAUGAAAUUUCUUUAAACAGUGACACUUUAGAAGAACAGGUGAAUUGUGCUUAUUCAAAAAUAAUUUCUUCUUUUGAUGAAUUCAUUGAUAGGGGAAGUGGGUGGGUGUUAGAGGAGGUAAAUUAUUUGGAAAUUAACACUGCGCAUUAUGUUCCUUUAAAUGGUUCAUCCUUUAUCCCUCUCCCCUCUGAAAUUGCUAAGAGAAGAGCCGUUUUAAAUAUUCGAAAUUAUGAUGAGAAAUGCUUUUUAUGGUCAGUUUUGGCAAACCUCCACCCUUGCCCCGAUAGAAAACAAGCUACCCGCGUUACUAAAUAUUUAGAAUUUGAAAAUGAAUUAAAUGUGGCAGGAAUUUCUUUUCCAAUGAAAUUAACUCAAAUUUCCAAAUUUGAAAAAUUGAAUAAUCUAUCAAUCAAUGUUUUUGGACAUGAAAAGGGAGAUAUUUUCCCAUUGCAUCUCUCAACAAAUAGAACUGGUGUUAACCAUUCCAAUCUUUUACUGAUAUCUGAGGGAGAAACACGUCAUUUUUGUCUAAUUAAAAAUAUGAGCAGAUUAUUAACAUAUUUAACCUCACAUAAGGGCACUGCCUUUUAUUGCGAUUAUUGUCUUCACAGAUUUUCUUCUCAAAAAAUGCUUGACGAUCAUGUAAAUUAUUGUAAAAAUCACAAAAUGCAAAAAAUAGAUAUGCCUACCGCAGGUGAAAAUAUUUUAAAAUUUAAAUCUACUCAUAUGAUGCAUAAAAUUCCCUACGUUAUAUACGCGGAUUUUGAAUGCAUACUUGUUGAUGAUUCAACGAAUAUAGGCUCUCACACCGAAGUAAAUGCACGCCAUGUCCCCUGCGGAUAUUCUUAUGUUAUAAUUGAUAGCGCAGGGAAAUGUCUUAAGCCUCCAGUUGUGUAUAACGGAGAAAAUGCAGCUGAACGUUUUAUUCACUCUUUAUUAGGUGAAGAAAAAAUGAUUUUAGAUUUGCUUUCUUGUGUUGGGCACAAC